CAAAGUACAUGCCAGAUAGCGCCACCGAGUGUCGCCACAGUAACACAGCGGUGGCGACACCGCGAUAGCGGCGCGUAUAUAGGCGCGGGCGACACAGCGACAGAACAAGUUGCUUGCACGACAUACAACAUACUACAAUGAACUCCUUCGUCGCUUUGUUCUGCUUCGCUGCUCUGGCGCAGGUCGCGUACUCGCAGUACGCCUACCCGUGUGCCGCAGCCCCCGCCCCGGCGCCCCUGGUCCUCCCCGCCCCCGCGCUAGCCCCCGCCAACCCGUGCGCCGUGCCCCCCAUACUCGCCGCGCUGGCGCCCGCACUGCCCACCCUGGCGCCGGCCCUCGCCAACACUAUCUCCGCCUCAAUCGCCGCGUCCCUCCCCCCCCUGCUGGACGCUGCUCUGCCCACGGUGCUGACCUCCGUGCUGUCCGCCGCUGGUCCUCUACUGGAGGCUGCCCUACCCCCAGGCUGUGGUUACGCCCCAGCUCCUCUAGCUCUCCCUGCCCCUGCGCCCCUGGCGUACGCUCUCCCCGCCCCCGCGCCGUGCGCUGCCCCCGCGGUGACGUACGCCGCCCUCCCACCCCCACCCCCCAUGUACGCGGCCCCCGCCCCUUGCAUGUGCUACUAAACAUUUUGUAAAUUGUU